AUGGGCAAUCUCACACUCCCAACCGAGGAUGACUCCCAGUUGUACGCGAGAUCCGCUCUGAAAAUCCUGAUAUCGGCCGCGCCAAGAUCAUUGAUCGUCUCCGCAGUGAAUGAACAUCGAUGGGGCGUCUCCGAAACACGUCUGAAGAAGCUCCUCGAGAAACCUGCACCCUUAACAGCCCGGCCAAAAGACCAGAAAGUCAAAGCCGAAAGAAAUCUGAGCUCCCACCAACGCACUGGCCGCACAGCUGAGACACAAGGAUGA